CCCCGGCGGCGCCGCGCAGGCUCCGGGCAGCGGCCGCGUCUCCGCCCGCCCCGGGCCCGCCGCCCGCGGCUGCGAGGGGAGGGUGAGGCCGGGGAUCUCCGUGCUGCCCCGCUGGGCUCAGUGCCUGGGGCGGACCUGAGGGGCGGCAGCGGGCGCGGCCAGGCUCGCUGCACCCCUGCCACAUGCCGGCUGACGAGACUCUUUUUCCUUUUCUUUUCCUUGCCCCCUCUCGCUGAGGCCUGCCCGCCAGCGGGGGCACCUGCGGCAGGCAGAGGCAGCCCGGGGCCCGCCGAGGAGCAGCGCCCGGGCUCCGGGGGCAGGAGCGCGCUGCGGGCCCUGAGCAGCGCUCCCGCACGGCCAGCAGCGCAGGGAGCACCGGCACAGCCUGGCCGGGCACACCGCCGGACUGCUGGACAGCGAGCGGGGCUGGGGGCAGCCGUGCACAAAGUCGCUUUCACUCAAAGGUACGAAAAGAAACAAAGCGCAUGAAAGGAAGGAAGGAAGGAAGCGCUGUCAGCGCUCAGCAGCCGGGAGACCGCUGGGGACAGGGACCUGCCGCUUCCGCGAUGCUGCGCAGGAGGUCUGCGACCAAACUGUCCCUGAUACUCUGGGAGCCUCCUCUGACAUGGCAGAGCCCUUUGCAAGUUGAUCUUUGGAUGAGAUCCUGGUUAUCAGCAUGCAGGGAAGAGCUGCCCGCGGUGCGCGGGGAGCGGCCGAGGCGCAGCGUCCCUGUGACCGCUACAAGCACGCCUGUGCUGUCUGCAGAGGCUGCCUUUAUCUCUACGGAGGGCACGGCAGCACCACGCUGAGGGACUUCUGGAGAUACCACACAGUGAAAAAUGAAUGGGAAAUGUUGGAAUGCUCAAGAGAUGGUCCAGAAGAACUGGAAGAACAUACAAUGGUGGCUUAUAAGGGCAGCCUGUAUAUUUUUGGUGGGAUGGUGGAUUCUGCUUUCACACAAGCAAAAACUCCUCUCUGGAUAUAUGACAUUGAUUCCGCAAGAUGGACAGAGAGCUGCAACGAACCAGCAGAGACGGAGAGCUCUGCACCAGCCAACAGAAAAGGUCACAGUGCAGUCGUGUACCAUUCCAGCAUGUAUAUCUAUGGGGGAUACUUUGGCAUCAAAGGCAUUUCUCAGGAGUUUUGGGAAUUCCAUUUUGAUACAGGGAAGUGGCUGUGUGUCUGCAGCCCCUGCCACAGCAGUGGUCCCGGAGCGCGGCACGGCCACUCGGCAGUGGUUUAUCGCACAGCCAUGUACCUCUUUGGGGGGCUGGUGGGGCUCACUGAACAGAGGGACUUGUGGAGGUGGGACUUCGGAAGCAGCAGCUGGUCCAGCAUCAGAACAAGCCAAGGACCUCCUCCCGUGGUAGGUCAUGCUUCAAUAGUCUGCAAAGACUCUAUGCUGAUUUUUGGUGGAGGGAUUUCAAACUCCAGCCCUAAUGAUGACCUCUGGAAGUAUCAUUUCAUUACGCAGACAUGGAAGAAGCUUAGUAGUACUACAAAGGGAAACUUUUCUCCUAAAAUGUAUCACUGCAUCUUAGGAAUUGGUGCGGAUUUCCAAACUACCUCAGACUUCACUGAUACAUUCCCCAGUCACUGCAAGAGUGAGCAGAAGGGCCAUCCCCAGCUGGUGCCCAUGCUGAGGCACUCUGGCUUUUGCAGCUUCUUCCGCCCACAGCCCACGGAGCGCAGCAACGUCAUCGAAAUGAAAACCUUCAGCCUGCCCCUGGAGCCAGCAGAAUUCCCUGCCUUCCAGACCACUUCAGAGGCAGGACUAGGCCCAAACAGAGACUGUUUGUCCAAGGACAAGUCUCUCCAUCUGUUGGCCUGUUCAGGAGAGGCUUCUGCUGCUGCUCAGGCUGUGGGUGAAGAGAGACCUGACUGUGGGUGUGUGGCCACAGAGGGUGGGAUCAGCAGGACCAACACACUGCUGCUCAUCGGGGGCAAACCUUUGUCCAGCUUCUCUGAGAUCUCCUUCAGGCAAAUGGAGUUUGAUUGCUUGUGAUUGCUUUGCUUGCAAAGUGAAGGAAUAAAUUUCCACCACCGUGGCAGUAGGUGGAAAACCAACUGCUUGCAACUGUCUUCAGCUUCCUAUCAGCACGCUGGGGAAAAAAAUAAUUAAACCUUCUCAUACUUGCUGCGAACAGAUUUUUUACAAUGUUAACAAAACCCGACAUAUAUUUAAGUCACAACUUGCAUGUAAGUUGUGAUUUCUGAGAGGAGCUUGUUGGAAUGCUGCUCUUUUUGUUACUUUUUUCCUGGUCACUUCAUACCCUUUCAAAUUGCAAUGGCCAAUGCUGCCUUGAAAAUCAGAACUGCACUAACCCACACUGGCUCCACAAAAUGUCUUUUCAGGGGCAAAGCUUGCUUGUUUUGCACUGGCGUAAGAGAGAAAUACAGUCACAUUUGAGGAAUUCAAUUAGUCUUAACAGGAAUGUUCUCUAAGAUUUUAAAUUCUUGAGUGUUCUUUGCACAAUAUAUUUGCAACAUGAGAUGGCCUAUGACAAAGGAACCCAACAGACAAAUCAGCAACUGAAUUCUAGCAGAUAUUCAAGUAUUGAGGAAGUGAAACAAUGAAUGCCCCCUGGAAAUCAUCAGCAAGGACCAGAGGAAGGGCAUUAUACCUGUGAGAACAAAGGAUAUGCCAAAUGAGUGUUGGCUUUAAUGACUGAACACAGAAUCAAAAGGGUUUGAUUUCCCACAGCAGGGUGGGGAGGGAACAGAAAGAGGAGGGCUUGACAGAAUGUCACAAAACAUGGGCUGUUUUUACUGGUAACUCAUGUUUUAGCCCUAAAGAGAUUUCUGCUUUUCCAACCCCAUCUCUCUUUUAUCACCCUAUACAGUACUUGUUACACAUUUCCCCUCGGUAGUAACAAGUUCUGAGUUCAUAUAUGGUUUUUCUUUGCUGAAAAGAAAAAGUGCCUGUUUUGCAAGGUAAUAUUGUCCAGUGUUCAAAGCAUUUAUUUCCAUAGAAGUUACUAACUACUGGCCUUCUGACAGAACAGCAGCUGUCUGUAAGAGCUGCUGGUAUCUGAAAUUACCUGGAACUGUAAGUUAAUACUACCAAAUAUUUGAGAGGUUCACUUUUGAAAAGUUUCAUAGGAAUAAUGACUUUCAAGUAAUUUACAGAUUUCAAAAAUAUUUAGAGAUACUUUCAUCAUUUCUUCACAAGUAACUGUCACAUGAAUUCAAUAAGAAAAUUAUGGAUGAAUUUGCAAAAGCUACCUAAGUUAUUUGGACCAUCCAUGACCCUUACCUGGAAACAGAGAGGAUUGUACACUGCCAUGUGAAUAAAGCCUGCUCCUAUUACUGUGUGCUCAUA